AGUGAAGGUAUUUUAUAACAUAAUCCAGUGAUCAAUUAGCAAUUUAUGCGACUGACACGCGGAUCGUGAAGCCUCCCCUAGUCCUGGAAUCAGGUCUGUUCUCUUAACGAAUACUACUUUACUGGAAUGCGCCGGCGUCAGUUGGAGGCCGGGCAGAGACGAACUGAAGCCUAUUAUUCCCUUUCUGGCUUGUCAUCAAACCAAACAGACCUCCAGCUCCAUCACAAACAGAAACAAACGCUAGCGCAGACACCUCCAUUCUCCAACCAAUCUAUAGCGUAAUACAAAGAAAAGAAAGCAUCAUCUCAAUUCAAUUGCUUCUCAUCAAACCAAACAAAUGGGAUUCAGAUUUCGCAGUCUCAAUCCUGUCUUCAGAUCAUACCUUCAUCGCAAUGCUCUUCGCCCUUCAGCCUCUACCACUUUUCUGAAUCGCCCUUCCUCCGUUUGUUUACUCCCCGACCCUCCCCAGUCCAAAAUCCCGAUUCGCUGGCAUUUGGGCCACUCUCACUCCGACGCUCACCACCACCACGUCGGUCAUACUUCCGAUGCCUCCGCCGCCGGCCAGGAGGGUGAUAAAAUAUUCCGCCUCGGCUUGGCCGCUGAUAUUGGGUUGUCCCUCGGGAAGGCCUUUACUGGAUACCUCACCGGGAGUACCGCUAUCAUUGCCGAUGCCGCUCAUUCUAUCUCUGACGUGGUUCUUAGUGGAGUUGCCUUGUGGUCAUUCAGGGCUGGGAUGGCUCCUAGAGACAGAGAACAUCCUUAUGGACACGGUAAAUUUGAAAGCCUUGGUGCCCUUGGAAUUUCUUCCAUGCUUCUGGUCACUGCGGGUGGCAUUGCUUGGCAUGCUUUUGAUGUACUUCAUGUUUUGGUGUCUGCUGCUCCUGUUGCGAUAGACCAUUCAUCUACCAUUGAAGGUCUGCAUAACAAUGCCCAUGGCGGGCAUCAUCAUGGGAUUGACAUGGAGCACCCAUUCCUUGCAUUGAGUAUGGCAGCUGUGUCCAUAUCAGUUAAAGAAGGACUGUACUGGAGAACAAAAAGAAUUGGGGAGAAAUUGGGCAGUGGACUCAUGAAAGCAAAUGCAUGGCAUCAUCGUGCAGAUGCCAUUUCCUCAGUUGUUGCUCUCAUCGGGGUUGGAGGAACCCUCCUUGGAAUUAAGUUCCUGGACCCCGUUGCUGGUCUGUUUGUCUCUGGCAUGAUACUGAAAGCUGGAUUACAGACUGGAUAUCAGAGCAUCUUGGAACUGGUGGAUGCUGCACUUCCUGCAGAACAUUUGGAACACACGAGACGAACGAUCCUACAAGUUCCAGGUGUUACAAUUCUGGCUAUGGGGAGUCUCACAUUGGCUAGAGAAUUGGGUAUUACUUUUGUGGUCUUUUACCUGCUGGGUAUAUUAAGUAUAAUCCUCGACUUCUUGCAGGGAUGUCAUCGAUUGCGGGGAAGAAGGGCUGGUUCGUAUCUGUUUUUAGAUGUUCAUAUAGAGGUUGAUCCUUUUUGUAGUGUUAGUGCUGCUCACGGGAUUGGUGAAAGUGUCCGCAAGGAAAUCCACACCUCCCAUCCUGAGAUAGCUGAGGUUUUCAUCCAUAUAGACCCUGCUUUUCUGGAGUCGCCACCCAAAAUGCAGAAAGGUCAAAGUACAUAUCUGGAGGACAAAGACGUUGAAGCUAUCAUAAACAGUAUUUUGUUAUCGAAGUUUAACGAGAACAUGAAGGUUGAACGGGUGACACGUCAUCUAAUCAAUGGCAAGAUUUUGCUUGAGAUUGAAGUUGAUAUGCCUGCCAAUAUCUUAAUCAGGGAUGCAAAGGUAGUAGCAGAAGAAGCAGAGAGAGAGAUCUUAAAGGAAACCUCGGAUGUCAGUCGAGUAUCCAUGCAGUUAAGACUGGGUACCCCAAUGCCCAAAUUCACAACCGGGAAAGUGAAUGCCAUAUAUCGAGGGGCAUAGAACUUCCAUUCGCCACCCAUUAUUACCACUUACUUUUUUAAACUGUGAAGCCCUGAAAUCUUUAUCUUGUUAACCCAAACUGUAGCUUGAAUGCGCUGCAGCUUGGCCAAUAAAUUUACAUUUGAACUUGAGCAACAAGUACAUGUGAUGCUUGGAGUUGUACAGGACACUUUUUCGGACGAUAAUAAAUGUUUGAAGCAACGGUUCUGUUCCAA